CCCAGAUGGGAGGGUCAGGACACUUAGCUGGCCACCCGCCUGAGGCAGAGCACUCUGGAUCCUGCUGGCGCUGUGUGAGGUGGCGACCUGGCGCACGACUGCAUCCACUGACUGCUUCAUCAAAUCCAAGGAGAUGGAGCACAACUUCACCCUGGAGAGCCUGAACGGGACGCCCUGGUACAUCUUUGAGUGCACCCUUGAGCUGGACACCAACUCCCGGCGGAUCUUCCUCUUCCUCCUCUACCUCCUCAUCUUCAUGGCGGGCCUGCUGGAGAACGUGCUGGUGGUGUGGGUCAACUGGCGGCGCCGCCACUCGGCCAACGGCGUCCUCUUCUGCAUCCUCAACGUGAGCCUGUCAGACUUGAUGGUGAUCCUCAUCCUGCCCUUCUACAUGAUGGAGGUGACCAUGGACAAGGUCUGGCUGUGGGGUCGCUUCCUCUGCAAGGUCACCAACCUCAUCUAUAUGGUCAACUUCUACAGCAGCACCUUCUUUCUGGCCUCCAUGACCCUGGAGCGGUACCUGUCUCUGACCCGCCCGUCCUCCUCGCUCUUCCCCGUGGUGGGCCACCGCCGAUGGCUGCUGUGUUCGGCGCUGUGGCUCUUCUCCUUGUUCCUUGCUCUGAUGGAGAACGUCCACGUGGACCUGCUGGAGUGGGACGAGCCGGGCUGCUACAUGUUGCCAUCCUACGGCUACAUUGAGUGGUACCUGACCGUGGCCUUCCUGUGCUUGGUCUUCCAGUUCCUUGGGCCUGCGACGGUCAUCAUCGCCUGCAACGUUCUGAUAGCGCGGGCGGUCCGCACCGCCCCCAAUGUAGAGGAACACCGAGAUGUUCGGCUGGUGCACGUGUACUCCGCCGUGUUUGUCCUCUGCUGGUUUCCCUACCACCUGGUCAUGCUGCUGCUCAUCAUCGACGACCUGGCGCCGCACCUCUUCAGCUGCAACACCGUGGAAGCGCUCUACUUCUUCUUCGCCGUGGUCCAGGGUCUCUCGCUCUUCCACUGCGUGGCCAAUCCCAUCCUCUACAACUUCCUCAGCAAGAGCUUCCGGGACAAUCUCAUCAACAACGUGGUGGCCAUCAUCCCCAGGGAGGCGGUGGCGGCAGACCAGGUGGAGGGCGACUCGGCAAAGCAGCGGAAGCUAAGCAACAUCAGCACCAGCCAGUCAGAUGUGGCCUCAUAAGAACGGAGAACAAACCCAGCUGACGUCAGCUCUGAAGACCAUCUCCACUCUGUCAAGUUGAGAAAGAGAUGCUCUCACGCUGCACUCCACAGAAACAUCCCACCUACCCAGAAAAGGUCAAAGUUCAAAGCUGAAGGCUCCGUCGGGUUAGUUUCAACCAAAGUGAAAGGAGCCUCGGUCCAACACUAACACUUUGCUUCUGAGAACUUUCCCCACUCUUCCCCAGGGGUCAGGGAUGUCAAGAGCAACUCUGCCUUGCCACUUCGGUGGGAGAGAUUGAAAAGGUGCAGAGAGAAGAAAAAACAAUGUCAUUGCUGUCCCUUCUUGCGUCUUUUCUUCACUGUCAGCGUUAGUUUUGCACUUUUUGUUAGGAGCACAGUUGCUGAAGAGCACCAGUCCAUCGUUUCUUCACACUUCUGUCUCCAUGAUCAGAAGCUUUCUGAAGGUGUCAUGACUCCUGAACUAUUAGACUAGAUGAAUAAAUCAUGGACUCGCCCUUUGGAAACACAGUAAAUGUUCAGUUCAGUCAUUUUCUCAGCCUCCAGCGACACACGGCGACUGCAAACCCACGUGUUUCCUGUCUGAUACCGUCAUCUGCAUACAUGAGUCGUGAUGUGCGUGAGGGUGCUUUGCAAGCGCUCACUGUUUCUUCCCCAAAUAAAAU